GGUCAAAGUUGAAAAUUCAAAAUAACUAUCGUAUUCCCUCCGUUCGCGAGAAUGGCUAAACAUCAUCCAGAUUUGAUCUUUUGUAGAAAACAAGCUGGUGUUGCUAUUGGAAGAUUGUGUGAGAAAUGUGAUGGAAAGUGUGUGAUCUGUGACUCGUAUGUGAGGCCUUGCACACUGGUGCGCAUCUGUGACGAGUGCAACUACGGGUCGUACCAGGGUCGCUGUGUCAUAUGUGGAGGUCCCGGGGUGUCUGACGCUUACUACUGCAAAGAGUGCACCAUCCAGGAGAAAGACCGAGAUGGAUGCCCCAAGAUUGUGAACUUAGGCAGUUCAAAGACUGACCUUUUCUAUGAACGGAAGAAGUAUGGCUUCAAGAAGAGGUGAAGACAGGCCUGUCCAACGAGUGCUUUGCUUCUGUUUUUUUGUAUUAACGUUUUUACCUUUUUUUGUGUGAACAUGUUUUGACAAUACAAUAAAGCUUUAUUUUACAUUAC